AUGGAGGCUAGUCAAGAAACAAAGCAACAUAUGAUAGUGAAAUCAGAUGAAGAAGGGAGCACAAGCAUACACGACCUGCCAUCCUGUAUUAUGAUUGAAAUAUUAUCUCGACUUCCCCUCAAGACUCUCGUCAAAUCCAGGUCUGUGUGCAAAUUAUGGAACGACUAUUUUUUAGAUCCUCAUUUUCCUGUAAGUUAUGCUGCCAAUGGCCCGACACAGCUUCUAAUCCCUAUUGUUCAUCUAAGUUCGGAUACUGUACGCAUGGUUGAUUGGGAUUCCGAAGAUUGUCCUGCUCGUAAAAUCAAUAUUGGCGUAGCUGGAAAGGGUGGCCUUCCUUUAAUGCUAACUGAGAAACAUACUGCUAUAGUGGUGAAAAGUUUGUGUAAUGGAUUUCUAUGUUUAUGUGACGAAGAAUCUGGUAAUCCUGUUAGCUUGUGGAAUCCAAUGCUCUGUGAGUACGUGUUACUCCCUGAAGUAACACGGGCAUCUUCUAGUACUGUUAUAUGUGGGUUAGGGUUUGCAGAUAAAAAAUACAAAGUGGUUCGAAUUUAUAAACCAAAGUCUACAGAAGCUUUAUGGGAAGCAGAAAUAACCACAGUCGGCACUGAUACAAAUUGGAGAAAUAUUGGCAAGGUUUGCUAUGAACUUAGUGCGAGUUUUUUUAGUGCGAAUUUCGAUGGUAUAAUUCAUUGGAGUAUAGAAGGUCCUGCUUCUGAAUUGAUUUAUUGUCUUGACGUUCGAAAUGAGAAAUUCUCAUGCCUUCCACCACCAUCAAUAUUUUCACCAAACAAGAACAGGGAAGAACCGAAAGGUUAUUAUUGGUCUAACAUUGGUGUGCUUGAAGAUUCUCUCUAUAUAUGUGCCAGGAGUUCUGAUGGUUUGGUUCCUCCUGUCGAAUUUUGGCUGAUGAAGGAAUAUGGUGUCAAAGAGUCUUGGAUUAGAAUUCUUAAUAUCGGAAGUCUACAUGAAGACUGGUGGAAACGUUAUCGCAGAUUUGAACUUAUAAAGGUUUUGAGUGAUGGAAAGAUCGUGCUACUUUGCGGUGAUCAGUCUUUGCGUUUGUGUGACCCGAGAAAUCGAAGUAAUAGAGAAGUAUUUAAGGUUUCCGAUCCAAUGAUUGCUGUUUCCCCGAGCUUUGUUUCUCUCAAGAAUGGGGCAUGA